AUGAGUGUCUCUUCUGAGGAUAUUGCAGAAGAAAUCCGCGAGAGUCUCCCUGGCACAGAAGAGAUUGUCGUCCAAUAUGUCUCUGGCUACCUUACGGAACUGGAUGAUUCUGCCGAAGACGAGGACGUCCUACAAAUCACGCGCGAUAUACUGGAGUCUGCCAUACCUUCCUCAUCGCGCAAGGGGCAGCAUGUUCAGCUAGAGAAAGUCAUGAAGGCUCUCAGCCGUAUGCUGGAGGAGCCUCUGAGUAAACGAGACGAGAAGAACCGUGCAGGAAGGACGAACGGUCUUGUCCGACUGGACAAAGUGAUGCACAUGAGCAAGACUGGCGUUAUGAGCAGUACGAUUGCCUUCGCGGAAGGUGUUGAUUUAGAGAGCAUAAAUAAGGGAAAAGCAUCGCGAGUGGAUGUGAAGAAGCUCGAGAAACAAGAGGCAAAGUUGAAGGCAAAAAUAGAGAAGCGAUCCAAGAGAACCCUCUACGAAGGCUCCAAGCUCCUGAACCAGCAUCGCAAACAGCAAUCGUACGAAGAGAUGUUCAUGAAGAUCAACCCACUGGAUGCAGUGUCAGCGAAGAACAAAUCCAAAGACAUCCACUUGGCAAAUAUCGACGUGAACUUUGGGUCCAACCGUAUUCUCUCUGGCGCAUCACUAACGCUUGCGUAUGGCCGUCGUUACGGCCUGAUUGGUCGCAAUGGUGUUGGAAAGUCGACAUUGCUGCGGCAUAUCGCUAUGCGUGACGUGCCGAUUCCGUCCCACAUCACGAUUCUGUUCGUGGAACAGGAGAUUGUUGGCGAUGACACUACAGCGCUUGAAUCAGUUUUGAAGGCUGAUGUUUGGCGUGACAUCCUAAUGCGCGAAGAGGCCGAGUUGAAUGCCAAACUUGCUGAUUUGGAAGCGGAGGGCGAUGAUAAACGGUUCGAGGAUGCGCGCGAGGAGGCACAGACUCGUCUCACCGAAGUUCAUACUCGAUUAGCAGAAAUGGAAGCUGAGAGUGGACCUGCGAGAGCAUCAGCACUGCUGGCAGGUUUGGGAUUCAGCGAAAUAGAUCAACAACGGCCGACCAAGGCAUUCAGUGGAGGCUGGAGGAUGAGACUUGCGCUCGCACGAGCGCUGUUCGUGAAGCCUGCGCUGCUUUUGCUCGAUGAGCCUUCAAAUCACAUCGACUUGAACGCUCUCGCGUGGUUGGAAGACUAUCUGCAAACAUGGCCUGGCACGCUGCUUGUCGUAUCGCACGACCGUGCAUUCCUCGAUGCUGUUGCCACUGACAUUGUACAUAUGCACUCGGGCCGCCUUGACUACUACAAAGGAAACUUCACACAGUUCUACUCCACCAAGUCUGAGCGCGAUCGCAACUUGCGGAAGGAAUACGAGACACAGAUGGAGUACCGCAGACAUCUCCAGGCCUUUAUCGACAGAUGGCGAUACAACGCAAACCGUGCUGCGCAAGCACAGUCAAAGAUCAAAAUCUUGGAAAAGCUUCCCGAGUUGCAUCCGCCAGAUGUCGAGGAGACGGAGACGUUCAAGUUCCCGGAUACGGAGAAGAUAUCUCCCCCGGUGCUUCAGCUCAACGAGGCGUCCUUCGGUUACGUGCCUGAAAAGAUCCUCCUGAAGGGGAUCAACAUCGAUGUCGGCCUUGAGUCGCGAAUCGCGAUAGUUGGACCGAACGGUGCCGGGAAGUCUACAUUGAUCAAAUUGUUGACUGGCGAGCUGAAACCAUUGGCAGGGCACGUCAGUCAGAAUGGCCGACUGAGGAUAGGAUACUUCGCGCAACAUCAUGUCGAUACGCUCAACCCUAGUCUGAACCCCGUCCAAUUCCUCGCUUCCAGGUUCCCCGGAAAGACAGAGCAGGAGUACCGUUCGCAUUUGGGUAAUUUCCAGAUCAGCGGGAUGACAGGCUUGCAACUCAUCGGCACGCUGAGUGGAGGUCAGAAGUCUCGUGUAGCAUUCGCGUUGCUUUCGCUGCAGAGACCGCAUGUCUUGCUACUUGACGAGCCCACUAACCAUCUGGAUAUUGAGGGUCUCGAUGCGCUGAUGGCCGCGCUUAGCGCCUGGAAUGGAGGUGUUAUUCUCAUCUCCCACGACGAACGCUUCAUAACUACUGUUGCGAAGGAGUUGUGGGUGUGCACAGAUGGGUCGGUGAUGAAGUUUAAGGGUGAUGUGCAAGCCUACAAGAGUCUCAUUGUCAGCAAUAUCAAGGCUCGUCCAUGAUAGUCGUUACUAUUGAUACUACCAGUAUUGGAUUCACUGUAGCGAUUCGCAUUGUAGUGAUAAAUUUCCGGAUUGUCCUCGGCCG